UGAACAGGAUUCCAGCCUCCACCACUGACACCAUGUCCCACUUGUGUUGCUCUCCUUGCUCCCAGCCCACCUGCUGCAGGACCACAUGCAGCCAGCCCACAUGCUGUGAGUCCAGCUGCUGCCAGCCUUGCUGCCCCCAAACUUGCUAUCAAACUACUCAAGCCACCUACUGCAGGACCAUCUGCCGCAAACCUACCUGUGUGACCACCUGCUGCCAGCCCACCUGCUGUGAGUCCAGCAGCUGUGGACAAACCUGCAGCGGGUCCAGCUACUGCCAGCCUUGCUGCCGCCCUGUCUGCCGUCAGACCACCUGCUGUGCCCUGUCUGCUGUCAGAUCCACCUGCUGCCGCCCUAGCUGUGUGUCCAGCUGCUGCCAGCCCUCCUGCUGCUGAUCACCUCUCCAAGAACCACCAUCUCACAUACCAAACUUCUUAGCAUCUGAUUUGGCAUUCUAGAACAAAUGUCACUUCCAAACAUUGCUGAAAGCCAGCAUUCUACCACCACAUUUUUGUUACUCAUCUGCCUGUUUAAAAGCUUGUGAAUCAGCCUGAUGGAGUGCGGAGGACUUCCUCCUGAUUCUCUUCCUAUGUGUGUGGUCCUGUGCUGGCUUCCUGCAUCCUCCACGGGGAGUGUUGGUCUCUGCUUUGACUCUGAAAUCAUGAUCUUUACCUUCUCUCCACAUGUAACGUAGGGGAAAAAAAUCCUCAUGACUUUUCCUUCAGUUUCUGCUACGUAUCUUCAUAAUACUCUUCAUAAUCACAUUUCUUGUUCAAUGUAUUCAUGGUUCUUGUACCCUGCUUUCUUCUUUUCAUGAUCACUUUGAGGUGUCUCCCUAGAAGCAGGGAAUCUUACCCACAUUUCUAAAUAAAUCCUCUUCCACUUUUCAUCCCAUGUUGUGUCUUUGGGUUAUUGGACAGCUUUCCUGCUGUAAGGAUUUACACACAGGUGCAUCUCAUACGCGUUGUUCCUUCUAAACUCAUACGGUCUCCCACAAAUUCUCUUCCCUUCUCACGUGAGAAAAUGUCCAACUUGAUAGAUUAUCUCAAAGUGAACACACCCAUGUCCCUAUUACCAGGUUAAGAAAUAGAACUUAACCCCUUUCGUUUCAAAUUAUCUCUCUCAAUAAUAUGAAAAUUUAUAUUGUGAGUAUCAUCCAUGUAAUUAUCUAUGGGAAAUUCAUCCCCCU